AUGAAAGUAUUAACAAUAGUAUCAAUUGUAUUGGUUAUAUUUACUAUUGUAACCUCUGUCUACUCAUUUACACCAGUUGAAUGUGAUUUGUGUAGAUUGGCAAUAGAUGAAUUAGAAUCCAUGGGAACCAAGGAUAAUAUUACCUACGAUGAUAUGUAUGGUGCUCUCGAAAGACUAUGUAAUUCUAUUCCUAAAUAUGGUUCAAUGUGUAAUACAUUUUUAGAUUACUCUGGACCAUUGAUUAUUCAUCAAAUUCUAAAUGGAACAAGCAGCCAAUCGGUAUGUGAAGAGGUACAAAUCUGUACUGCUUCUCAACAACAAUAUCUCGAAAAGAGAGCCAACAUCAAGAAGGGUUUGGAACAUAUGAUCACCAUUGAAACUGCAUCGAUUCGUGACACCUCUACCAAGGGACAAGCCGUUUACGAAAUGCAAAAGACCAAUCGUAUCAACAAAAAGUCUAGAACCGUUGCUACCUUUGAGGCAAUCAAAGAGGAAGUAACCAAAAAUAAUAUUGUUGUUGGUGCUCCCAAUGAAUCAUUCCGUAAUGUCGUUCCAGUUGCUGCACCCAUUAUCGAUGCUGAUGAAGAACAACAAGAUACAGUAGUCAUCAAGAAUCAUCAAAAAAGAAAGUUGACUACUCUUGACAAGAAAAAGCACAUUGAAAUGUUAAAGAGCAAACUUAAUUUCUAA